UGAGCCCGUCGGACGCACCUCCAGGGGCGCAGGGGGCGCUCUGGCCAGCCUCUCCUCCCGCCGCCUCGGUGACCCUUUCGCCUCCGCCGCCGCGCGCGGCUGUACAGACUCUUGCGGGUCCGUGAGGAGCAUGGCUACGGCCUUGGGCGGCGAGAAGGAGAAGGAGCGCCCCGGGGGCGGCUCGGGAGCGGCGGGCGGUAACAGCACGCGAGAGCGGCUGCUGUCUGCGCUGGAAGAUCUGGAGGUCUUGUCGAGAGAACUUAUAGAAAUGUUGGCAAUUUCAAGAAACCAAAAGUUGUUACAGACUGAGGAGGAAAACCAGGUCCUGGAGAUGUUAAUUCACAGAGAUGGGGAAUUUCAAGAGUUAAUGAAAUUGGCACUUAAUCAGGGAAAAAUCCAUCAUGAAAUGCAAGUUUUAGAAAAAGAAGUAGAGAAGAGAGACAGUGAUAUUCAACAACUACAAAAACAACUAAAGGAAGCAGAACAAAUACUGGCAACAGCUGUUUACCAAGCAAAAGAAAAACUCAAAUCAAUAGAAAAAGCAAGAAAAGGUGCUAUCUCCUCUGAAGAAAUAAUUAAGUAUGCGCAUAGGAUUAGUGCAAGUAAUGCUGUGUGUGCCCCACUGACCUGGGUUCCAGGGGACCCACGGAGACCAUACCCAACUGAUUUAGAGAUGAGAAGUGGAUUAUUGGGUCAGAUGAACAAUCCUUCCACUAAUGGUGUGAAUGGUCAUUUACCAGGGGAUGCACUUGCAGCAGGCAGAUUGCCAGAUGUUCUUGCUCCGCAGUAUCCAUGGCAGUCAAAUGAUAUGUCAGUGAAUAUGUUACCACCAAAUCAUAGUAACGACUUUUUGUUGGAACCUCCAGGGCAUAACAAAGAAAAUGAAGAUGACGUAGAGGUCAUGUCCACAGACUCCUCGAGCAGUAGUAGCGAUUCUGAUUAAAAAAUACCAUAAAAGACAAAAAGCAUACAGAAUUGCAUGCUGUAGAAUUCUGUGUCUUAAACAAUAGCAAACUUGUAAAAGUAACCAGGUAAUAAUGGCUAUAGUGGAAUUGUGCAGCCCGUUAAAAUCACAGUGGACUUUCUUUUUAAAACCAAAAAUUGUGGUUUCAGUUCUAAGCCACUAGUUAAAUUUUUAGGGAAUAAUCCAAAACUUACUGUUGGAAAAGAAAGAUGAAUCAGUUCAUUACCAUCUAACCCUGUUCUGGUUGUGUUGGGCUUGUACAUAGUAGUUCUGGAAAUAAGAUUUGAGGGAAAUGACCCAUGUAUGUGUCACUAAUAGGCCCCUUGGGAUUAUUUAGAAGAGUAUUAAAGGCAGUGGAUCACUGAAUGUGCAACAUAUCUCAACAAGAACUAAAGUAAAGGCUAUUAGUUGCUGUCACAGGGUCAGAAGAAUUCUCAAUGUGUACUAUUUGUAAUUAUUGUAAUUUUUGUAAAUGAACUCACUUUUGUUUGUACUCUGCUUUUUCUCUAAUAAACCUUCAGUGUAGGUAGGAAAUUAUUUCUGUAAAUCUAGUUGCAUCUUACACAUAAAUAGAGUUCUUCAGUGUGAAUGAACAUGGUGUAAUGUAUACAUCUGGACUGGUAAUCAUAACUGGUAGGUUUCUCAGAGGUCCAUAUUGCCAUUCUUAGAAGAAAAAAAUUAAGUAGCUUUUGAAUAAUUGAAAACACUUGUAAUAUGUCUGAUCUUAAGAGUAACAAAUUGUAUGAAAGGUUUGAGAAUGGAAAACUCUCUUGCCUUCACUUCCCAUCUUCUGCAGUUCCCAGAAGGAAUCACUUUAAACCACUUUUCACUUCCCCAAAUCUUGUUCACCAACCCAGGAGCUCUUGGAACUUCAUCCUUUUGGGUUUUUAUGGAGGCUUCAUUACAUAGCACCAUUGAGUAAAUCAUUGGCCAUUUAGUGAUUCAACCUUCAGCUCCUCCUCCCUCCCAGAAGUUCGAAUGGGACGGAAAAUUCCAACCCUCUAAUCAAAAGAUCGGCUCCUUUAGCAACCAGUCCCCAUUAGGUGCUUUUCUAAAAGUCACUCACUCAUUAACAUAACAGUAACAUCUCCAUUCUCAACACUUAGGGAGUUCUAAGAGUUUUAAGAGCUGUGAGCCUGGAACUGUGAACAAAGACCAAAUAUAUAUAUAUGUAUUUCUUAUAAAUCACAGUAUGUAGGGGCAUGACUGGCACACAACUCAGCCAAUAACAUCACCCAAGAGCCUGUAUAAACCUAGUAAUUCAUGAAUGUUUAUUGUAACGAGAUAGUUGCUUUUUUAUUUUAGAUUCAGUUUGGUAUAUAAGUUUGCAUAUUAAGUCCCUUGUUUAAUCAAUAUAUAUAAUACACUUAAGACCAUUAUACUGAAUUCAGUUAAUCAAUGUUUUAAUUAACAUGUAUUUUUGUUGUAUCUUUUAACAAAUUUGUUUUUUCGGCAAUUUUUAUAAAACCCAAUCCUUGGUCAUGAUAAUUAUCUCCCCAAUCAUAAAGUUUGUAUGGGUAAAUGAUUUUGUUAACUACUGACUUUAUGGUCAUUCAAUGGAUUUUUGUUGUCCCAAAGUGGGUAAUACUUAUAUUCCUUAAAUAAGGCAUACUAGCUCAUAAAUCUUUUGCUGAAAUCUCCCUUCUAAAUGUCUUUGCCAACUUACCUUGUAGGUAUACAAAAUCAAAGAAUUAGUGAUCAUAUGGAAUAGGUUUCAGUUACACUGAACUCCCAUCGAUUGGUGCUGGUUGCUGUUGAAAAGUCUUCCUGGGCUGAUCUGGGAUCAGUCAGUGAGAAGGAAUAUUUGCCAUUGCGAUGCUGUCUGGUGCCCACAGAUACCCAUAGCUAUCUCCCUUCCCUCCCCUCUCCUUAUGUUUGAACACCUUCUAGAUGCUGAGGAUUCAGUAAUGUGUAAGCCCUACCUUCCUGGACUUUAUGAGACGGGGCAGGGAGGGACAGAUAAUAAGCACUUACACAAAUGAAUAGGACAAAUCCAGAUAGUGGUAAAUUUGGUAAACAAAUAAAAUGAGUUCCAAAUUCAACACUUAUGGCAACACCCUUGCUUUUCAAAUAAGGUAAAAAAUACCUCCUAAGUUGUGUCAGGGACCAGAAGGGUGUCCAAAGACAAAUACAUAUAUGAGUGUUAAAGUUAGUAUGAUUAAAAAUAUUAUGGCAAAAAGUUGGUUAAGACAUAAGUCUCUUGAUGAAGGAUAAGCCAGGUUUGCAAAAUUUAAUUUUUUUAAUAGAAUCAAGAAAUAUGCUGUUGGAUUGCUACUUUUCUUAUACUGAAAAGUUCAUCCUUUGAUCCUGGAAUACUGAAAGGAAAAGUCUGACACCUACUGUAGUGAACAUUUAUUUAAAUGAACAUGCCUGAUGUAGGGGCAGAAAGCUUUCCCCUUCUUCCCUUCCAGAUUCUUUGGCAGAUCUAAAUAAUUAAAUUGACCUCAGACAGAUUUAAAGAGAAAACCAAGUUUUGCAUAUAUGGGAGCUCCAUAAAAUAUGAGACUCGGGACAGUCAGGUAAUUGAAGCUUCUGUACCUUCCUGAGCUGAGGUGGAGUGGGGAGGGAUCCUUAAUGGGGGCAGUGGAGGGGCAGUUCACAGGAUCUCGAGGACAUAUGCUCGGUAAGUAAAUGUUUGCUGUGCUAUGCAGAUAAGUCUGGGUAUGACAGGUUAUUUUUGGUAAUAGUUCUCUUUCUGGCAGAGGCCUCCCUAUCUAAUUUUCUUUUAAGCAGUUAAGGUGGAGGUAAGAUGCUCUUCCUAAUUGUGCUGGGCCUUGUUUGUCUUCAGGUCAAGAUAAUCCACAAGCCAAUGUGGCAUUCUGAGGGGGGGCUUGUUCUGAACACCCCACUGACCUGUAUUUGAUGCUAUUAUGUGCUGCAAGUGUGAGAACAGAUGUUUAUCUGAAAGGUAAAGAAAGUAUGUCCAA